CCCAAAGUGCAGCACUCACUGCUGCAUGCAGUCCGCCACAGCCCUGCCGCUCCGGCCCGCGGCCUCGGCUCCACGCUCAUUCCAGGGGGAUGCGGGAGCCGGCUGAAGAGGGAGCGGGGACACAUUGCUGUCACGUCCAGCGUGGCCUGAACGGCCCUGCCACUCGUCCUCCCCCCCCGGCGGCUCUUCGAACCUGUCAGUGGCGGAGCCACCUCGGAAGGCGGACGGUCCCUGGGAGGUGGCCACCUGGGCAGGGUUUCCUGUCUUGUUUCCGGAACCUGGUGCCGCAGGAGGAAUCAGCAGACCGGCCAACUCUGACAGCCGUCUGAUACCAUCAGCCUUCGAAUCCGAUUUGGAGAUCGUUCCCUGACACAUCAGACCGUUCAGCUUUUUCUCUGUUGAGGUUGGCAGCUCCCACCCCACGGUCCCUGAGGCCGGCAGGAAGUAACGCGGGUCCUAACUCAAGCCGCUCCGCUCCCUGCUUGGCCCAUGGACUCAUCUUAGACCCUUCGGAGCAGCUCUUGGCCAGAACCAGGUGCCGGCACGGAGUCUGGGCGGCUUAGGGUGGACCCGUUGAACAGAAUGCCUCGGGCCUGAGCGCGGCCCCUGCCCGCCCCGCCGCCCCUGGAUGCAACGAGGGCCGUGGCGGCGGCCAGGGCUGGGGCCAUGGCCGGGAAGGAGCGGCGGCCGUUCCGCUCGGUGGGCAGGCACCCCGAGGGCGAGCGCCGCCACGCCGGCUCACUGGCCGACAGCGGGGAGGCCCGGCCGCCCCUGGCCUCCUACGGCUCCAGAGAGACCCUGAAGGCGUUCGACCAGGAUGCCCGCCUCGCCCUGGGCAGUGUCCGCGUCUCGGAGCCCGACGACUUCUGCUGCCCAGGGGCCGCCGCCACCUUCGCCCUGCGGGAUCUCGGCCCGGACAGCCUCCCGCCCCCAAACCGCCCCGAUCCCGGCCCGCACCGCCGCGGCGGCUCCGUCGUCAGCGCCGGCUCCGACGCCGACCUGGAAGGGGACGUGGCCGGCUCCCCCGAGGCCCCCGCCCGGCUCUGGGGCCGCAGCUCUGGCCUGUCCAGCCGCGCCAACUCCACCCUGACGCUCACCGACACGGAGCACGAGAACCCCGACACGGAUCCCGCGGCGGGCAUGCAGAUGCCCUGCAGGCUCCGGACGCCGCCCCCGCCGCUGGCCCAGGGGUCCAGCGGCCAGCUGCACGCCGCCUCGGUCAGCUCCCUAAACGUCACCUCCCGCAGCAACCCCAGCCCCGCGCUGACCGACCGCUCCCUGCCCGGAGACCCCCCGGAGCCCGGACCCCUCGGGCGGGAUCACUGGCUGCUCAACAGCAAUGUCCCACUGGAAACCAGAAGCCUAGCCAAGCAGACAUUCCUAGACACAUUGCAGGACGGCCUGAUUGAGAUGGACAGUCUCCCCGCCGCGGGCCGUGACGGGGCUUUCGCCGACGGGCACUUCCUGUUCAAGCCCGGCGGGGGCACGUCCCCGCUCUUCUGCCCGACGUCGACCCCCGGGUACCCGCUGACGCCCGGCACGGUGUACUCCCCACCCCCGCGGCCCCUGCCGCGCAGCGCCCUGCUGGCCCGCCCCGCCUUCGGCCUCAAAGCGUCCUACCCGCUGUGCAGCUGGAAGUGUGCCGCGCUGGGUGCCAUCGCCCUCUCCGCCGCCCUCGUCGUCCUGCUGGCCUACUUCAUCGCCAUGCACCUGUUCGGCCUAAACUGGCACCUGCAGCCGCUGGAGGGACUGGUGUACGAAAGCCCGGACGACACGGCCAGCGGGUGGCCCGGGCCCACGGACGCUUCCCCGUCCCCCUCGGCCGGCUCGGGCUUGGAGUUGCCGGACCGAACGGGCCAUGGCGCCGGCCCAGGCAAGGCCAGCGGUCUUUUUCCGGAGGACGGCUCCCUGGACUCCGGGGAGAUCGACGUGGGGCGGCGGGUGUCGCAGAAGAUCCCGGCGGCCACGUUCUGGAGGUCGCAGGUCUUCAUCGACCACCCGCUCCAUCUCAAGUUCAACGUGACUCUGGGGAAAGCCGCUCUGGUGGGCAUCUACGGCCGCAAGGGUCUCCCCCCGUCACACACCCAGUUUGACUUCGUGGAGCUGCUGGACGGGCGUCGCCUGCUGGCCCCGGAGGGGCCCCGGCGCCGGCCCCGGGAUUUCGCGCCUGCCGCCAGCCACGACACGGGCUUCAUCCAGUAUCUGGACGCCGGAAUCUGGCACCUGGCCUUCUACAACGACGGCAAGGAUCCCGAGCUGGUGUCGUUCCUCACCACCCCUAUCGAAUCGGCGGACGACUGCCCCAGCAACUGCUUCGGCAACGGGGACUGCGUCUCGGGGACCUGCCGCUGCUUCCUCGGUUUCCUGGGCCCGGACUGCGGCCGAGCCUCCUGCCCGGUCCUGUGCAGCGGCAACGGGCAGUACGUGAAGGGCCGCUGCCUGUGCCACAGCGGCUGGAAGGGCGCCGAGUGCGACGUGCCCAUGGGCCAGUGCGUCGACGGGGCCUGCCGCGGCCACGGCACCUGCAUCGUGGGCACCUGCAUCUGCCACCCCGGCUACAAGGGCGACAGCUGCCAGGAGGUGGACUGCAUGGACCCCACGUGCUCCGGGCGGGGGGUGUGCGUCCGCGGCGUGUGCCACUGCUCCGUGGGCUGGGGCGGGCCCAGCUGCGAGUCCCCCCGCGCCACCUGCCUGGACCAGUGCUCAGGCCACGGGAACGUCCUCGCCGACGGCGGGCUCUGCGGCUGCGACCCCGGCUGGACCGGACACGACUGCUCUGUCGAGGUGUGCGCGGCCGACUGCGGCAGCCACGGCACCUGCGUGGGGGGCGCCUGCCGCUGCGACGACGGCUGGAUGGGCUCGGCCUGCGAGCAGAGGGCGUGCCACCCGCGCUGCAGCGAGCACGGCACCUGCCACGACGGCAAGUGCGAAUGCAGCCCCGGCUGGAACGGCGAGCACUGCACCAUCGCUCAUUACCUGGAUAAGGUUGUGAAAGAGGGCUGCCCCGGGCUGUGCAACGGCCACGGCAAAUGCACGCUGGCCCUGGACGGCUGGAACUGCGUCUGCCAGCUGGGGUGGCGAGGCACCGGCUGCGAGACCGCCAUGGAGACGGCCUGCGGCGACGGCAAAGACAACGACGCAGACGGCCUGGGGGACUGCCUGGACCCGGACUGCUGCCUGCAGCCGCUGUGCCACGGCGAUGCCCUCUGCCACGGCUCGCCCGACCCCCUGGACCUCCUCCAGCAAGGCCCCGAGCCCGCCGCCGCCCCGCCAGGCCUGCGCUCCUUCUACGACCGCGUGCGCUUCCUCGUCGGCCAGGACGGCACCCACAGCGUCCCGGGGGACGACCCCUUCGACGGCCAGCACGCCUGUGUCAUCCGCGGGCAGGUCGUGACCUCCGACGGCACUCCGCUCGUGGGCGUCCGCGUCAGCUUCGUCCGCAAGCCGGCCCUGGGCCACACCGUCAGCCGGCAGGACGGCAGCUUCGACCUGGUGGCGGACGGGGGGGUGUCGGUGCAGCUGCGCUUCGAGCGGGCGCCGUUCGCCGCGCAGGAGCCCACGCUGUGGCUGCCGUGGGGCCGCUUCUUCGUCAUGGAGACCGUCGUCAUGAGGCACGAGGAGAACGAGAUCCCCAGCUGCGACCUCAGCAACUUCGCCCGCCCGGACCCCGUCCUCGCCCCGUCCCCCCUCACGGCCUUCGCCGGCUCCUGCGCCGACCGGGGCCCCGUGGUGCCCGAGAUCCAGGCCCUGCAGGAGGAGAUGGCGCUGCCGGGCUGCCGCAUGAAGCUGAGCUACCUGAGCAGCCGGGCGGCCGGCUACAGGGCGCUGCUGCGGGUGGGGCUGACCCCGGCCUCCGUGCCCUUCAACCUCCUGAGGGUCCACCUGCUAGUGGCCGUGGAGGGACGUCUGCUCCGCCGCCGCUUCGCCGCCGCCCCGGGCCUGGCCUACGACUUCGUCUGGGACAAGACGGACGUGUACAGGCAGAAGGUGUACGGGCUGGCCGAGGCCUUCGUGUCCGUGGGCUACGAGUACGAGUCCUGCCCCGACCUGAUCCUGUGGGAGAAGCGGAGCGCGGUCCUGCAGGGCUACGAGAUGGACGCCUCCCAGCUGGGCGGCUGGACGCUGGACAGGCAUCACGCCCUCAACAUCCAGAGCGGCAUCUUGCACAAGGGCAACGGGGAGAACCAGUUCGUGUCGCAGCAGCCGCCGGUCAUCAGCAGCGUCCUGGGCAACGGGCGGCGCCGCAGCGUCUCCUGCCCGAGCUGCAACGGCCUGGCCGAGGGCAACAAGCUGCUGGCCCCCGGGGCCCUGGCCUGCGCCGCCGACGGCAGCCUCUACGUGGGCGACUUCAACUACAUCCGCCGCCUCCUCCCCUCCGGAAAUGUCACCAGCGUCCUGGAGCUCAGAAAUAAAGAUUUCCGACAUAGCCACAGCCCAGCUCACAAGUACUACCUGGCCUCCGACCCCGUCGGCGGCUCCCUGUUCCUCUCCGACACCAACAGCCGGCGGGUGUUCAGGGUGGACGUGGCCGGCGGCGCCGGGGCGGCGAAGGACUUGGCCAAGAACGCCGAGGCGGUGGCCGGGACGGGGGACCAGUGCCUCCCCUUCGACGAGGCGCGCUGCGGAGACGGCGGGAAGGCCAUCGAGGCCACGCUCACCAACCCCAGGGGCAUCGCGGUGGACAAGUUCGGGCUGAUCUACUUUGUGGACGGCACCAUGAUCCGGCGCGUCGACCAGAACGGCGUCAUCUCCACCCUGCUGGGCUCCAACGACCUCACCUCGGCCCGGCCCCUGAGCUGCGACUCGGUCAUGGACAUCUCCCAGGUGCGCCUGGAGUGGCCCACGGCUUUGGCGGUCAGCCCGCUGGACAACUCGCUGUUCGUGCUGGACAACAACGUGGUGCUGCAGGUGUCCGAGAACCACCAGGUGCGCGUGGCGGCGGGGCGCCCGCUGCACUGCCAGGUGCCCGGCCUGGACCCCUUCCUGCUGGGGCCGGCGGCCGGGCCCGCCACGUUGGAGUCGGCCGCCGCCCUGGCCGUGUCUCCCGCGGGCGUCCUGUACGUGGCCGAGACGGACGAGAAGCGGGUGAACCGUGUGCGGCGGGUGGGGGCCGGGGGCCGGCUGUCCCUGGUGGCCGGGGCCCCGGGCGGCUGCGACUGCAAGAGCGACCCCGGCUGCGACUGCUUCUCGGGCGACGGCGGCUACGCGCAGGACGCCCGGCUCCACGGGCCGGCCGCCCUGGCCGUCUGCGCCGACGGAGCCCUCUUCGUGGCCGACCUGGGCAACGUGCGGGUGCGCGCGGUGCGCCCAAACCGGCCGGCCCCCGACGCCCACGGGCUGUACGCGCUGGCCUCGCCGGCCGACCAGGAGCUGUACCUGUUCGACGCGGGCGGCCGCCACCUGCACACGCAGAGCCUGCCCACGGGCGCCUUCCUCUACAACUUCACCUACGACGACGCCGGCCGCCUGGCCCUGGUCACCGACCGCGGCGGCCACGCCGUCCGGCUGCGGCGCGACUCCGCCGGCCUGCCCCUGGCGCUGGCCGCCCCCGACGGCCGCGUCCACCGGCUGGCCCUGGGCGCGCACGGCACCCUCCGCAGCCUGGCCACGCAGGGCCGCGAGCUGGCCGCCAUGACGUACCACGGCUCUUCGGGCCUCCUGGCCAGCAAGAGCAACGAGGACGGCUGGACCACCUUCUACGAGUACGACGGCUUCGGCCGCCUGACCAACGUCACCUUCCCGACCGGCCAGGUCAGCAGUUUCCACAGCUCCGCCGACGGCUCGGUCCACGUGCGCACGGACGGGUCCGGCCAGGACGAGGUCACCGUCACCGCCAACCUGUCCGCCGCGGGCACCUUCUACACGCUGCUGCAAGACCAAGUGCGCAACAGCUACUUCAUGGGGGCAGACGGGUCCCUGCGUCUCCUGCUGGCCAACGGGAUGGAGGUGGCCCUGCAGACGGAGCCGCACCUGCUGGCGGGCACGGUGAACCCCACCGUGGGCAAGAGGAACGUGACGCUGCCCAUCGACAACGGCCUCAACCUGGUGGAGUGGCGGCAGCGCAAGGAGCAGGCCCGCGGGCAGGUCACCCUCUACGGCCGCCGGCUGCGGGUCCACAACCGCAACCUGCUGUCCCUGGACUUCGACCGCGUGACGCGUACGGAGAAGAUCUACGACGACCACCGCAAGUUCACGCUGCGGAUCCUGUACGACCGGGCCGGGCGGCCCAGCCUCUGGUCCCCCAGCAGCCGGCUCAACGGGGUCAACGUCACCUACACCCCGGCCGGGCUGGUCGCCGGCAUCCAGCGGGGCACCGUGUCGGAGAGGAUGGACUACGACCGGGCCGGACGCAUCACCUCCAGGACCUUCGCCGACGGGACGACGUGGUCCUACACCUACCUGGAGAAGUCCACGGUGCUGCUGCUGCCCAGCCAGCGCCAGUACGUGUUCGAGUUCGACGAGAACGAGCGGCUGGCGUCGGUGACCAUGCCCAACGUGGCGCGGCAGACGCUGGAGACGGUCCGCUCGGUGGGCUACUACCGGGACAUCUACCGGCCCCCCGGGGGCAACGCCUCGGUGGUCCGGGACUUCGGCGCCGACGGGCGCCUGCUGGGCACGCGGUACCUGGGCACGGGCCGGCGGGUGGUGUACCGCUACGGGCCGCUGGCCAAGCUGGCCGAGGUGCUGUACGACGCCACCAGGGUGGCCUUCGGCUACGACGAGGCGGCGGGCACGCUGAAGACGGUCCACUUGCAGGCGGGCGACGGCUUCGCCUGCGCCGUGCGCUUCCGGCAGAUCGGGCCCCUGGUGGACCGGCAGCUGUGGCGGUUCGCCGAGGAGGGCCUGGUCCACGCCCGCUUCGACUACCACUACGACAACAGCUUCCGCGUGACCAGCAUGCAGGCGGUGGUCAACGAGACGCCGCUGCCCAUCGACCUGUACCGCUACGACGACGUGUCGGGCAAGGUGGAGCAGUUCGGCAAGUUCGGCGUCAUCUACUACGACGUCAACCAGAUCAUCACCACGGCCGCCAUGACGCGCACCGAGCACCUGGACGCCUACGGCCGCACCAAGGAGGUCCAGUACGAGAUCUUCCGCUCGCUCGUCUACUGGCUGACCGUGCGCUACGACGGGGCGGGCCGGGUGGUGGGCCGCGAGCUGCGGGUGGGGCCCUACGCCAACGCCACGCGCUACGCCUACGACUACGACGCGGACGGCCAGCUGCAGGCCGUGGCCCUGGACGGGCGGCCCCUGUGGCGCUACGGCUACGACCCCAACGGCAACCUCCACCUGCUGAGCCCCGGGGGCGGGGCCCGCCUGACCCCGCUGCGCUACGACCCGCGCGACCGCCUGACGCGCCUGGGCGACCUCCACUACCAGCUGGACGAGGACGGCUUCCUGCGGCGGCGGGGCGGGGAGGUCUUCCACUACAGCUCGGCCGGCCUCCUGGCCCGGGCCUCCAGCCGGGCCGGCGGCUGGACCGUGCGCUACCGCUACGACGGGCUGGGCCGCCGCGUGUCCAGCCGGCCGGCCCCCGGCCACCACCUGCAGUUCUUCUACGCCGACCUGGCCCGGCCCACCCGGGUGACCCACCUGUACAACCACUCCAGCGCCGAGAUCACCUCGCUCUACUACGACCCGCGGGGCCACCUGUUCGCCAUGGAGCGCAGCGGCGGGGCCGAGUUCUACGUGGCCUGCGACGACGUGGGCACGCCGCUGGCCGUCUUCAGCGGCGCCGGCCUCGUGGUCAAGCGGCUCCACUACACCGCCUUCGGCGAGGUCUACGGCGACACCAACCCCGACUUCCAGCUGGCCCUGGGCUACCGCGGCGGCCUCUACGACCCGCUCACCAAGCUGGUGCACCUGGGGCGGCGCGACUACGACGCCCUGGCCGGACGCUGGACCGGCCCGGACCCGGACGUCUGGAGGCGGCUCGCCGGCGGGCAGCUCCGCCCCUUCAACCUCUACGCCUUCCAGGACAACAACCCCGUCGGCCACGCGCAGGACGUCCGCUGCUACAUGACCGACGUCAACAGCUGGCUGCGCACGUUCGGGUUCCAGCUGCACAACGUGAUCCCGGGCUUCCCCGGGCCGGACGGCACGGCCACGCAGCCCUCCUACGAGCUGACCCGCACGCAGACCAGGACCCAGGAGUGGGACGACAGCAAGUCCAUCCUCGGGGUGCAGUGCGACGUGCAGAAGCAGCUGAAGGCCUUCGUCACCCUGGAGCGGUUCGAGCAGCUGGGCGAGGCCGUGGGCGGCGGCUGCGGGCGGGCCCCGGAGGGCGGCCGCUUCGCCGCGGGAGGCUCCGUCUUCGGCAAGGGGGUCAAGUUCGCCCUGAAGGACGGCCGGGUGACCACCGACAUCACCGGCUCGGCCAGCGAGGACGGGCGCCGGGUGGCGGCCGUGCUGGACGGCGCCCGCUACCUGGAGCGGCUGCACUUCACGCUGGACGGGGUGGACACCCACUACUUCGUCAAGCCGGGGCCCCCCGAGGGCGACCUGGCGGUGCUGGGGCUGAGCGGCGGCCGGCGGACCCUGGACGGGGGCCUGGACGUGACCGUGGCCCAGGUCGGGGCCGCCGCGCCGGGAGGCCGGACGAGACGUUUCACCGACGUGCAGCUGCGGCGCGGGGCCCUGUGCCUGCAUACCCGCUACGGCGCCAGCCCGGACGAGGAGCGGGCGCGGGUGCUGGGGCUGGCCCGCGAGCGGGCCGUGGCCGGGGCCUGGGCGCGCGAGCGGCAGCGCCUGCGGGACGGCGAGGACGGGGCCCGGGCCUGGAGCGAGGCCGAGCGGCGGCAGCUGCUGGCCACCGGCCGCGUGCCCGGCUACGACGGCUUCUUCGUCCUGGCGCCCGAGCGCUACCCCGAGCUGGCCGACAGCGAACACAACGUCCGCUUUGUGCGACAGAGCGAGAUGGGCAAGAGGUGACACGGCCGGACGGCCGACCGACCGCCGCCGGGCGGGACGACGGAGGGGGCGGCGGCGGCGGCCCACGCCGGGCGCGAGCCAA